AUGAAGGGCAACACGGAUACGGUGCAGCUCCUGCUAAACCACAAUCCAGAUGUGAACAAGCACAAUAUUUCCUGGAAAACGGCACUGGAUUAUACUGAAAGUCACGAAGACCCGAUGAUAGCAACACUGUUGUGCGGCGCCGAACAAUCCAGACAGCCAACACACAAUGUCGCGCUUCAAACUGACGAAGUUCAGGGAUCCGAGAUCGCGACGCUCUUUGGCGAGUAUGAGUACAAGGGUUCACUGGUGAAAGACGCGGGGACGGAAACUGAGGAGGCAGCUGAAAAGAAUUAUUCGAUUGAUGAUGUUUCUAGCGUGCAAACUCAAAGCACGGUGGUGGAAGAAUAUCACAGUGGAAGUGGGAGUGGAAGUGAUAGCGAUAGAGAAAGUUCAUACAGCGCAGGAGAAGAAACAGUGUCCCUGGAGGAAGAGUCAGUGGCCGAUAGCGAGAGUGACGGUGGUCGUGACGAGGAGAGUUCAGAAUCAGAGGCUGAGAGCGAAUCAUCAUCUUGA